CCCCACUCAACCCACGCAGGUAGGCAGACCAGAUUUAAAGUGAGACAAAUUAGCUGAGCUUUAUAUAACAAAUACAGUUAGUAAACUGUUGUCAGAUAAAGCAUAUGAAAUGCUUUUUCGUGUGAGUACCCAUUGAGGUGUCAAUGGCGCACAUCCUUUCCGUGUUCCGGCCUCAGUCUUUUCUGGCCCUCUUGGGCAGAAGAAACCCCACCUUCCACAAAAUGUCCAUGGACUCACGGGCACGGGAAAUCUUCAGAGCCGCAGUGGAAGCUGUGCAGCCAGAUCGAGUGGUCAGGCAGAGCUUAGAGCGCAAGAACGACUCAGUCAUUAUUGACGGAUGCACAUUCACACUGAGACACAACCUGCACCUUGUGGGCUUCGGGAAAGCGGUUUUGGGAAUGGCUGCAGAGGUAGAGAGGAUUCUGGGCGAUCAUUUAAUCAAUGGAGUCAUCAGCGUGCCGCAUGGGAUACAGCAGACGUUACAGCAGCACGGAAAAAGCCAUCUGUUGCUAAAAAAAGACAGUCGAAUCAAAGUCAUGGAGGGAGCCAAACACAACCUACCUGAUGAGGACUCUCAGAAAGCAGCUGAAGAGAUCAAGCUGUUAACCAGUGAAUUGUCAGAAAAAGAUUUGCUGCUUGUAUUAAUAUCAGGUGGAGGCUCUGCACUGUUACCUGCACCAAUACCUCCAAUCUCGCUGCAUGAGAAGCUUAAUGUUACUCGCAGAUUUGCAGCUGCUGGUGCGACCAUCCAAGAGCUUAACAAAGUACGUCGAACCCUCUCUUUGUUGAAGGGCGGAGGGCUUGCACAUCAUGCUCACCCUGCACAGGUGGUUUCACUCAUACUGUCUGAUGUCAUUGGGGACCCCCUUGAUUUGAUAGCAAGUGGUCCGACGGUGACAUGCGAGGUGUGGCCAGAAGAGGUUUUAUCUAUCCUUGACCGAUACAAGCUUCUCAACUCCAUGCCAGCUUCAGUAAGGAAAGUCCUUGCAAAACAAGGUCCCCGUUGGAAAGACAUUAAGGAGGACUCAGGUUCAACCGGAGAGGCUCUCAAUGUUGUGAUUGGUUCAAAUACCAUUGCGCUUACAUGCGCUGGCCAGCGUGCUCAAGAGCUUGGUUUCCGUUCUGUUGUGCUUUCACCAGGAGUCUGUGGUGAUGUGAGGCUGGUCUCCAGACUGUAUGGCCUUCUGGCUCGCUUCGCCUGUUCCCGUGAGGAGCCUUCCCCAGAGAUCGCAGCCGAAGUGCUAAGGCUUGGACCGGAGGUGGGCGUGGAGAGCUGGGACCUCUGCCGAACCAUGCAGGUGUUAGGCGAAGGGCGUAAUGAGGGGUGGGGCGCCAGGUGCCUGUUAGCUGGAGGAGAGCCCACUGUGGAAUUGACUGGUAAAGGGCGAGGUGGUCGAAACCAAGAGUUGGCUCUGCGGGUGGGUAUGGAAAUGAGGGGCCUAGAGCUCCCACCUCAGGGGCCCGUGUUUCUGAGUGGUGGCACUGAUGGUCAGGACGGUCCCACGGAGGCUGCGGGGGCCGUCACCGAUGGCGGGCUGUACGAUGAAGCCCAAGCACAAGGGUUAGACAUCAACAGCGUCCUCAGUGACAAUGACUCUUAUACCUUCUUUUCUCGUCUCUCAGCUGCGCAGCGUUUACUCGUACCUGGCCUGACCUGCACUAAUGUCAUGGAUGUACAUGUCCUACUUAUCCCAGCAAUUCCCAUUGAAAUAAGUUAAUAAAAAAAGCAAACCAUUGUAACAUAACCAGUAGAUCAUCAUGUCAAGUUUUUAAAGGUAUAGACAUGAAAGUUUUCUUUUAGGGUUUUCUAUUUUUAAAUUUGACAGUCAUGGAGUAACUUGUUGCAGCAGACGGUUGCUCAUACUGGGCCCGGUUCUCCUGGAGGUUUAUUCCUGCUAAAAGAGAUUUGUUCCUGGGGUUUCAGAAUUCCAGAAAUAUUUCUAAUUGGAAGUUUUGAGGAGGAAUUACUAGGAUUUAUUGGUAAUUAACAAUAAUAAACCUGGGAUUAAAACAUUAAAGUUUGGCCCUCAUCAGGGAUUUUUUGAACAACCAGAUUUGCUGCAUAGACACUUCCUCAAUCACAUGUGCAUAACAUACUGCUUACAGCAGGAAUGCACAGAUGAGUUCUAGAACCCUGGACUUAUGGGGCCACGUUUUUCAGCCUUUUUAUUAUUAUUAUAUUCAAUAUAUAUUGUUCAUGUUUAAUUUGCAAAUAUCACAUUUAUGUCUGUCAGUAACAAAAAAUAUAUAUUUAAGUUUGAUUUGAUAAGGUUUAAUUAAAAUACUCAUACAUUCCACAUAAUUUGUAGAAAUUCAGAUAAUUCCCUUUGAACAUCUCCAAUUAGGAAUAUUUCCCAAAUUCCUUAGCUUAACUUCCCAUAAAAGGUUUGCAGAAAGUUUUUUUUUUAAUUUCCACCCUUUGCAACCCUUGUGGGUCCUCUCCAUUGUCGCCAUGUGCUUGCUCAAGAGAAGGGAUUGCUGCAAAAUUGACUAAAUUUAAACUGCUGGCCUUGUUUUAACUGUAUUAAAAUUAGCGUUUGGUUGUGUUGCAUUAAAGUGGAUAUAAAUCUGUCUACAUGCCUUAAUUGUUUUGAAUGAAAUGCUCAGAUGUUAGUUGAAUUUGGACUGAAUUGGGUUCUGUAUAAUUAGAUAUGAAUUGGAUCCGUUUGUCUUGUAAAGUUCUUGUAGAUUACAGUUUUGCUGUGAAUUGCGCUAUUUAAAUAAAGUCAGCUGAUGUCCCAAA